GGCUCGAGCCACCUUGGCUCCGGGAUGCCCCCGGUGUGCCCGCCAUGCAGCCGGGCCUCUUCCGGCGGCGGCUCCUCGAGCUCGCCGCGGAGUACGAGAGCCUCCACGCGGCGGCCGCCCCGGCCCGCCACGGCACCAGCCGGUCGAGCUCGCUGGACCGCGCGAGCCGGGCCUGGCAGCCGGCGCCCCCGCUCGCGGAGGACCCGCCGCCUGGCCUCUGGCCCGAGCCCGCUGAGCACGGGGCGCCGGGCGGCCCGGACGGCGGCGGCGGCAAGGGCGCCGGGCCGCCGGGAGCCCCGAGCUGCCCGCCAGCAGGGUGGGCGAGGACGCCCAGCAGCGAGAGUGGCUUGCUCGGUGCCGGCAUAGGCACGGUGCCGUCGCUGCGCUCGCAGGACACCCUCUCGGUGUCCCAGCAGGGCUCCGGCACCGGGGCCCUCGGCUUCAGCAGGCACGCCACCGCCAAGAGGCUCGACAGGCUGAAGGCCUCCGCGAGCAGCCUCUUCUCGGGCGCGCCUAGCGACUCGGGCAGGUCUAGCUUCUGGGAGUCCGCCUCGAACGAGGAGAGGUCCAAAUUCGAGAGGGCCGUGAGGAAGACCGUUAUGUACUUGAGAGGCUCCGCGAACUCGCGGGCGGCGGAUCCGAGGCCUCUGGCGGGGCUGGUGAGAAGCCGCCAUUUCGCUGUUGCGAUCGCCUGUCUGGUCAUCCUGAGCAUACUGCUGAUCGGCAUCGAGACCCAGGUUCUGGCCAGCCUGUCCAACAAAGGCUCGGGCUCGGAGCAGAUGCUGGCGGUCCUGUCGGCAGCGAAUUACGCAUUCACUCUCCUGUUCACAUUGGAAAUGGUCGCACGGAUAUACGUUUUCAGGCUCGAUUUCUUCGUGGAGGAGAGGAUGUGGAACUGCUUCGAUUUGAUAAUAUUGCUCCUGGCAAUCGCCGAGGUUGCUCUGGAACUUGUUGUGCGCUCGCUUUCGGGCGGGGGGCGUAAUCCCUUAGAAAAGGGCGGAACUGCAAAGAUUCUGCGUCUCUUUCGCCUGAGUCGGCUGCUUCGCCUGGUCCGAACAUUCCGCCAGCUAAAACCAUUGCGAAUGCUAGUGCAUUCUAUCGUUUGCGCCGGCAGAUCGGUGUUUUGGGCACUCAUGUUGCUCCUGAUGAUCGUAUACGCAUUCGGAGUCGUCUUGACACAAGCUGUGACAGAGCACACUCAAGGUGACCAGCAAAGCGACGAUGAGCUCCUAAUGGCGUACUACGGGGACCUAGUUCGGUCAAUGUUGAGUCUUUGGAUGGCUGUCUCGGGGGGCAUCAGCUGGGUCGAGGUCACAGAGCCUCUGGACAGGAUCGGAAACGCGACGUGGAAAGUGUUGUUCCUGCUCUACAUCAUAUUCGUGUACUUCUUCAUCUGGAGG